CGGAGAUUGGCACACGCCUAGCUGCUGCCGAGACUCGCGCACGCCGAGCUGCGGAGUGGGUGCAGCCAUGACGGACGGUCCCGUGGCCGAGCUGCUGCUGAGGCGGCUGGAGACGGCCGAUGGCGGCCUGGACAGCGCGGAUCUGGCCACUCAGCUGGGCGUGGAGCACCAGACUGUCGUGGGCGCCGUGAAGAGCCUGCAGGCCUUGGGCCAGGUGAUUGAGGCUGAGCUUCGCUCCACCAAGCGCUGGGAAUUGACGGCCGAGGGCGAGGAGAUUGCCCGGGAGGGCAGCCACGAGUGCCGCGUGUUACGCAGCAUCCCCUCCGAGGGGCUGGCCCAGAGCGAGCUCAUGCGCCUGCCCAGUGGCAAAGUAGGUUUCAGCAAAGCCAUGUCCAACAAGUGGAUCCGCGUGGACAAGAGCGCGGCGGAUGGGCCCCGCGUCUUCCGAGUGGUGGACACGGUGGAAGAUGAGGUGCAGCAGCGGCUGCGGCUGGUACAGAGCGGGCAGGUGGAGAAGCUGGGCGAGAAGGAGAGGAGCGAGCUCAGGAAGAGGAAGCUGCUGACCGAACUAACCUUGAAGACCUACUGGGUGAGCAAAGGCAGCGCCUUCAGCACCAGCGUCUCCAAGCAGGAGACAGAGCUGAGCCCCGAGAUGAUCUCGAGCGGCUCCUGGCGGGACCUGUCCUUCAAACCCUACAACUUCUCGGCCCGUGGCAUCCUGCCCGAGAGCGGCCACCUGCACCCGCUGCUCAAAGUCCGCUCCCAGUUCCGCCAGAUCUUCCUGGAAAUGGGGUUCACCGAGAUGCCCACCGACAACUUCAUCGAGAGCUCCUUCUGGAACUUCGACGCCCUUUUCCAGCCCCAGCAGCACCCGGCACGGGAUCAGCAUGACACCUUCUUCCUGCGAGAUCCAGCAGAGACCCUUCAGCUCCCCACGGACUAUGUGCAGCGGGUCAAGCGGACUCACUCACAGGGCGGCUAUGGCUCACAGGGGUACAAGUACAACUGGAAGCUAGAAGAGGCCCGCAAGAACUUGCUGCGGACGCACACGACGGCGGCCAGUGCCCGCGCCCUCUACCGACUGGCACAGAAGAAACCCUUCACGCCAGUCAAGUACUUCUCCAUUGACCGUGUGUUCCGAAAUGAGACCCUGGACGCCACGCACCUGGCUGAGUUCCACCAGAUCGAGGGUGUGGUAGCUGACCACGGGCUCCACCUGGGCCACCUCAUGGGCAUCCUGCGGGAGUUCUUCACCAAGCUGGGGAUCACCCAGCUGCGUUUCAAGCCGGCCUACAACCCUUACACGGAGCCCAGCAUGGAGGUGUUCAGCUACCACCAAGGCCUGAAGAAGUGGGUGGAAGUCGGGAACUCUGGAAUCUUCCGCCCAGAGAUGCUGCUGCCCAUGGGGCUCCCUGAGAACGUGUCGGUCAUCGCCUGGGGCCUCUCUCUGGAACGCCCUACCAUGAUCAAGUACGGCAUCAACAACAUCCGGGAGCUGGUGGGCCACAAGGUGAACCUGCAGAUGGUGUACGACAGUCCCCUGUGCCGCCUGGAGGCCGAGUCGGCGCCCCCGAGGACGCAGGAGGCCACGUGACAGCCUGCCCUGGCUGCGUCCCUGCCACGGUCACCCCUGCCCCGGUCCCGGCCCCCGUCCCCAGUCCCGGGAGCUGUCACUCCAGGCUGCUUGUAUUUAUAAGGCCUCUGUGAGGCCAGCCCUUCCAGCUCUGCCCCCCUGCCCCACUCCUCCUUAUCUCCUCCACCCCCGGGCUGGGGUACAGGAGGGGGUAGGAGCAGGGGUCUCCUCCCCGUCCGGUGGCCGCUUUCUCUCAGCCCCACCAGGCAGCCACUGCCUGCAAU